AUGAAAAUUUGCCUUAAAUUCCCAUCCUUCGGCCAAAUUUUCUUAUAUUAUCCUGAAGUUUUUCUUGCUCUUUAUUCAAAUGCCCUUUUUCGUGUUAUUGGAGAUUUUGAAUUUAAAAACCUCGUAAUACUUAAUACUUCCAGAACUGAAAAAAUUGUAGUUGACGUUAGUGAUAAUGGUUUCUUAAAUAUAAGCGAUGAUAAAGCAAAGGGUAAAGAAAUACAAGCUCCGGAUUUUCAUUAUUUAUUGUUCGAAGGUUUUAUGUUGUUGCCUGUAUUCAAAGUAUUUAUUUCAUUAGCAUUAUUGAGAAGUACCUCAAAUGCUGAAUCUGAAAUUAUCGACGAAUGGUAUAAUAAUCAUUCUAUCCGUGUAAAAGUGUCCAUCUGGCGCAAAACUCCUACAAAGAAUAAAGUCGAAAUAAUCCAAAAAAAUGAACCAAGACACGGAUCUACUUCGAACAAAUAUUCUGAAGGUCAGGAUAUGGAUGACAUAGAACUAGAUACUAUUGAAACAGUGCAUUCAGUCAGUCAGGAUAUAUGUGUGAAAAUACAUAAAUCAGACUCGACAGCGGAGCCUAACCCAGCCAAUCCCAAGGAUGUCAAUUGGUUGAGUCGACUCGGUUCUUAUUAUAAUAAGCAUUUCAAACCAGAAAAUGAUUCAAAAUCUGUCGAUCCUUUCGAAGAGGAGCUUGACAUAUUCAAUUUUGCAAUAUAUUUAUUGCUCGAAAUGAAGUUUUUUAAAGUUGAACGCUUUAUAAUAGAAGGUUACACUUAA